AUGGCCGAUAAUUCUUUUAACGGGCUGCAGAAUUGCUCUAGCCCUGAGGCUAUAAGGCGCGAGAACAUUGCAAAUGGCCGAGCGAAUAGCGAGAAAAGCACGGAGAGAGGCAAGGUUUCUUAG